AAUUAGGGCAUUAUUUUAUGAGUAUGGACAUCAAGGAGUUAGUGGAAAUAGAUGGCUCCUAUUUGGAGGGCGGAGGGCAGGCCCUGCGCAACGCUCUCAGCUUAAGUUCCAUCCUCAGGCGUCCCAUCCGCGUUGUCAAGAUUCGCGCCAACCGACCCAAGCCCGGCCUGGCCAACCAGCAUCUGCAUGCCGUCAACAUGCUCAGGGAUAUAACCAAUGCCGACGUCAUUGGCAACGCUCUUCUCUCGACGGAGCUGGAAUUCAGGCCCCGCACCAUAAUAGGAGACAUGUAUAGGGAAGAUACGCACACGGCUGCCAGCAUCACGCUGAUCUACCAGACGAUACUGCCCGUCCUCCUCUUCGCCGGCAGGCCGUCGCGCGUUGAUGUGACUGGUGGAACGAAUGUGUCCUUUGCGCCCCAGGUGGAAUACAUGUUGCAGGUGCUGCAGCCGAACCUGAAACGCUUCGGCAUCGGCUUCGAGCUGAAGGUUCUGCACUACGGGUUCUUUCCACGAGGCAACGGACGCUGCCAGCUGGACGUGGAGCCGGUGCGCCAGUUGAGUGCGGGCCAGUUCCUGGAUUUUGGCCAGCCCCAGACGGUAGACGGAGUGGCGUUCUGCGCCGGCCGUAUACCCAUGAGCCUUGCGACCGACAUGCAAGAGACGGCCACCCGUGAGAUUCACAAACUCUGGCCGUACCAAGACUGCCGGAUUCAAGUGAUUAAACACUCCCCAGACAAGGCGCGCGACAAUGGGGCGGGAAUCGUAAUGGUGGCCCAUACAUCCACCGGCUGUGUUCUGGGCUCCUCAGCCUUGGGCCAGAAGAAGGUUCUAGCAGAUAUGCUAGGAUCAGAGGCAUCCUCCCAACUAGCGGGUUACAUGAGUAAGGAGAUCUGUGUGGAUGCCAACCUCCAGGACCAGCUGAUUAUCUUCAUGGCCCUCGCCAGUGGCUGCUCCCGCUUCCGCACCGGCCCCCUCACGCAACACACCCGCACCGCCAUCUACGUCGCCGAAAAAAUGACUGGCGUGAAAUUCUGUGUCGACAUUAAUCAGUCUGGACAGACUGUAGUCAGCUGCGAGGGCAUCGGCUACCGCAACGAGUUUAUCCAAAGAAAUGAAUGAUCUGUUCUAUUGUUUUAAUUUAUUUUUAUUUUUAACGAGUACGCAAAUAUAUCGAAAGCUGCCUUAGAGGCGGCGGAAUAUGGCCAGGAA